AUGGCCCAAGAACCCGAGGCCGCGUAUGAAGAGGAAGAAGAAGACGCCGAGGACGAGGAAGAUGACGAAGAGCAAGAGGCCGCCCGCCAUGGAAAGGAAGGGACCUCGUCGGACCCCAAGCCCGAGGCGGAGCACCGGGGCGUGUGCGAUAAAAUCAUCCUGGAAGCUAUCCGGAACAUCAACUCUCCCGACGGCGUGACGUUCGGGGUGCUGAAGACGCACCUCCUCAACGAUGAAACUCUGAGCGACAUCCACCCGAGGGACAUAGAAGCCAGCAUCAAGAAGGCGAUCAGCAAAGGGGUCGAGCGCGGCUACAUCGUCCGAGUCAAGCGGACCCUGCGUUUCCGGUUGAAGGGUUCCAUCGGGGAUAUUCUCCGCAAGCAUAGAAAAAGAAGAAGCCAGAGCCGUCCCAGAAAGCGCCAUCGGAGCAAAAGAAGAAGCAGAAGCAGAAGCCGGAGCCGGCGAAGGAGAAGCCGGUCGGACGGUCGACGGCGUAAAAGUGUUAUUUUCACACCGAAUCUUUCCAAGGCCACAGUCAACAAGGCCGAUAAUGCCCCCCAUAAGGACAAUCGUUUUGCCACAGUCAACAAGGCCGACAACUCCCCCAUAAGGAUCCCCUGCAGCGACCCGGAUGCGUUCCACUGUGACGUCAUGGGCCAGGAGUGCGUGCCCCUGUCCCGCAAGUGUGACGACACGCCCGACUGCACCAACAGAACAGACGAGAGUGUGGAAACCUGUGGCUGUUUGCCCACGGAGUUCCAGUGUAACAAAACCACAUGCAUAGACAAGAUGCAACGGUGUGAUAGACGGGCUGAUUGUGAUAACGAAAGCGAUGAAAUGAACUGCGAGACUUACGUGUGUCCCCCUGUGACCCACAUCAAGUGCGAUAACUUUUUUUGUAUCCCGAGGAUCAAGCAGUGUGACUUUGUGGAUGAUUGUGGUGAUGGUUCAGACGAGGCGUUGUGUGACAGGGUCAAGUGUGUUGGGACCUUCACGUGCAACAACUCGCAGUGUGUCACUGUAGGCAGUCGCUGUGACGGCAUCAUGGACUGCUACGAUGGGAGUGACGAGGACGAUCGAUGCAAAAACACCACCGCCUUCGGUUUGUUUCGAUGUCCAAACGGACUCUUCAUUGAGGACAAGCACUGGUGUGACGGCUGGGUUGAUUGCUACGGGACCCACUUUGAUGAAAUAAAUUGUGACUACUGCACAGACGAGGAACAUUUCCGAUGCCCUAACAAACAGUGUAUCCCUAAAGUACGGCUCUGUGAUGGUACUUGUGAUUGUGUUUCUUGCGCUGAUGAAAACAAUUGUGGCGUUGACUACCGGGGGUGUGACAGUGAAAAGAAUUUCAUCUGUCGGAACUCUUUUGAUUUCCCAGAGAAAUGUGUAUCUAGAGAUCUCCUGUGUGACAACGGGAAUGAGUGCCGAGACUCUGGAAGAGGCGCGGACGAGGCUUUCUGCUUACCCAAAAACGUUACAGAUUGUUCGGUUCUUGACCCAGAUUCAGAGUUUUUCUACUGUGAUGAAAGGUGUAUUCUAUCGAAAUAUGUUUGUGAUGGGUAUGCUGAUUGCAACAACGCCGUUGACGAACAGGAUUGCCCUAACAAAAACAUAAAGUGUGCUCAAAAUGAGUUUCCGUGCGGGAACGGAGAUUGUAUUCCUAUGCACCAAAGAUGUGAUGGGAUAUUGGACUGCCAUAGCUGGGCUGACGAGAAGGAUUGCAGUAAAUAUGAAUGCCCAGCCAACACAAAGCGGUGCAAAAGUGGGGAGUGCAUCAACGCAAAUUAUUGGUGUGACUAUUACAGGGAUUGUCCUGAUGGCAGUGAUGAAAUUGAAAGUAUUGAAAACCAAUGUGUCAGAAGUUCUGAGCCAUGCAAAGAGAAUGAGUUUAGGUGUGAUAAUGGUCAAUGCAUAAGUUCAGAUUACAUCUGCUUCAACACCAACACAAGAAAUGGCUGUGCUGAUAAAACACACAUCAUCAACUGCACCACCCAUGAGUGUGGUCCUAAUCAGUUCAAGUGUCGCAGGAGCUUCUGUAUUGAAACGCACAGAGUCUGUGAUGGAGUUAUUGACUGUGGGCAAGCUAACUGGGAUGAAGCAACCUGCGAAUACUCUUGCCCUAGUCAUUCCAAAGUGUGCAAGUGUUUUGGAGAAGAGAUGAACUGUGAAAACAGGAGUUUGACCCUGAUGCCAGCGCAAAGUCCACACAUUUUAGAUCACUUGACUAAGCUGCACCUCAGUGGUAACAAACUGAACUUGACAAGUUCACUUUUCUCUGAGAAAUACUAUGAUAAAGUGACAUACCUGGACAUAAGUAAGAAUCAACUGACAGAAAUCCCAGUGGCUGCCUUUGAAAAUAUGUGGAAGCUCACCUACUUAGAUAUCCGCAACAAUAAUCUCAAGGUGCUCCGGAAUGGCAGUUUUCUAGGUCUGACUAACCUGAAACAACUGCAUGUUAAUGGUAACAAAAUAGAAGCCAUUGAGGAAGAAACUUUUACUUCUCUGUCCAGGCUGAUGGCUCUGGAUCUGAGUGGUCAAAAGCUUACCUUCAUAUACAAACACAUGUUCAAGGGACUGAGAAAAGUAACAACUCUGAACAUAUCCAACAACUUGAUCAAAUACAUUGAGGAAGGUGCAUUUAGCAGCCUGAUUAAUGUUGUACAUAUUGAUAUGAGUCACAACAUGAUCAAAGACAUUGGCAAGAGGACUUUCGUUGGUUUACCAAGGCUACAGUUCUUGAACACAGACAGCUUCAAGCUCUGCUGCCUGGCUCAAGGGGAGAUAGACUGCACACCAAAGAAGGAUGAGUUCUCCUCCUGUGAAAACCUCAUGUCCAACCAUGUCUUGAAAGUCAGCAUCUGGGUCCUGGGCGUCAUCGCCAUUGUGGGCAAUCUGAUGGUCAUUGUGUGGAGAGUGCGGGACUUCCGUGGGGGAAAGGUUCAUUCCUUCCUAAUAACAAACCUGGCUAUUGGAGACUUCCUGAUGGGGAUCUACCUGCUGAUCAUUGCUGCCGCUGAUGCUUACUUCAAUGGUGUGUACAUCACCUAUGAUGAGGAGUGGAGGCAGAGUAGCUUGUGCCAGUUUGCUGGCUUUGUUUCAACAUUCUCUAGUGAGCUCUCGGUACUUACACUGACCACAAUCACCCUGGACCGCCUGUUUUGUAUCUUGUUCCCCCUGAGAAGGUCAAGGCUGGGCCUGAAACAGGCUGUGGUUGUCAUGAGCUUCAUGUGGUUCCUGGUGUUCUGGCUGGCUGUUCUACCUCUCAUGGGCUUCACAUAUUUUGAGAAUUUCUAUGGCCGAUCUGGUGUUUGUUUGGCUCUUCAUGUGACCCCCGACCACCGGCCUGGCUGGGAGUAUUCAGUUGGGGUGUUCCUAGCUUUAAACCUGGUCUCUUUCUUGCUCAUUGCUUCGUCCUAUCUAUGGAUGUUCUAUGUAGCCAAAAAGACACGCAGUGCUGUAAGGACUGCUGAGAGCAAGAAUGACAGUGCCAUGGCACGACGGAUGACACUGAUUGUCAUGACAGAUUUCUGUUGCUGGGUGCCUAUCAUUGUCUUGGGACUGGUCUCUCUUGCUGGCACCAAGACAGACGACCAAGUGUAUGCAUGGAUCGCAGUGUUCGUGUUACCUCUGAAUUCAGCCACCAAUCCAGUCAUAUACACCUUGUCUACUGCCCCAUUUCUCGGAAACGUCAGGAAACGAGCAAAUAGGUUCCGGAAGUCUUUCAUUCAGUCUUUUACUACGGAAACAAAACACAGCUAUGUAGACGAUGGCUCUUCACAUUGUUACUGUGAGAAGAAAUCUCCCUACCGGCAACUGGAACUAAUCCGACUUCGCAGCCUCAACACGUCGCCACCAACGUAUUACAAUUCAGACCUCCACAGUGAUUCCUAAACUACUAAACGUUUCCAGGAAAUAAAAUAAUGGAUUUAUCAAUCAUUCAUAAAAAUCAAGCUCAAAAUGUAUUGAGAAAAUCUCCAAAGAGCAUCUUCAUAAACUACCAAUGUUUCAUUAUAAAAAAAAAACCAAUCAGAAUUAUUUGUAAAUCGGGCUCAAAAUCUAUUGGAUGAAUCAGUUACGAGGUUGAAUGGACUAGCGUUUUAUGCUUGUUUCUGUGUACUGAAGAGUGUCACAUACUGACGGAAAUAAAUUACAGCAGGUGCUGUUGCCUAAAAUGUAAAAUAUUCCGGAACUCUUCAGAUAACAUAUUCAUGAGAGAACUCCUCAAUGUUGAUCUUCCUAACUCAUAAGGGAUCAUAUUCGAUGUCUUGUUUUCAUAGGCAUCAUAAUGUUCAUUCACUAACUUUAAAAGUUGAAUUAAUAUAUUAACAGUAUAUUAUGAUGUGUACUAGUCUUUAAAAGAUUGUAUGUUAACUUUUGUUUUAUUCACCUUUAUUAAAACGACAAGUGCUAACCACUUGAUAAUUAUCUUAAUUAUGUCAUCUUUAAUGUUAAAUUUAAUAUCAAUAUGAUGAAUUAAGAAUUUAGUAUUAAUAUAGUUUUUAUAAUAUCAUUAAAAAAACUUGCAGAAUAUUUUUCACAUUUUGUGUAUAUGGCUUCAUAGAGGCGUGUGAGAAUUUAUAGAUUAUUUGCCAGAUUUCAUGUUGUGCUAUUAAGGCUGUUAAAGUCCUGGCCAAAUUUAUGACUAGAUAUUUUUGCCAGGUUGUUAUGCAAGAAGGGUUGUAGUAGGAGGCCAGAUUUCUGCUUAAUUUUAGAUCAAGAUUCUGUUGCUGCCAAAAUCUGGGCCCGGCUAUUGUGCCAGAAAGGUUCAUCAAGUAAGUGACCAGAAUUCUGCAACCAGAUUUUAUGGAUGUUUUAGAAAAGGGAAUUGACAGUUUUGACAAGCUUUAAUUGUAAUAAUUCUCUAGCACUCAGUUCAUUUGAAUAUCUCAGAUUCAUCAUUACAAAUAAGGGAGCCAUUAGAGAAUAAAAGAAAGUUUAGAUCUUUGUUUAUUGCUGGGUUUUUUUUUAUUCACUAAUGCUUGUACUGAUGUUAAAAUUAAGCAGAAAUUAAAUGUAGUAACAAAAUCACCAAUGGACUAUAGAAGAUUUUUAAAAUUAUAGAUUUUUGGCCUAUUAUGUAUGAUAAUUUUAUCGAGAAUAUAUUUUCAUAAUGGGACAGCAAGGCUUAACGGUACAACCGAAAGUCUUGAGUUCGAGUGUAUGUUUAAGGCAGUAAAAACAUCCCAGCGCAUGGACCGUAAGGUUUGAAAAAGGGAACUUUAGUAUUCAUUUUUUUUUAAAAUUAUAAAUAAAUAUACAUCUGAAUAACAUAUUCUUUUUGUUUAUAAAUAACUUGUAUUCAAUCUUAAACCAAGUCUGCUCAUAAUUGUAAAUCUGUUUUGCUGAAUGCCACUAAGGUGUCUUUUUGUUUUUACAACUACACUUCAAUCUUAAACAGAGCAUCAUAUAAACACUGUUAGCUGAGCUGGUCAUGCUUCAAUAAAUUAUUAUUUUAAAUUGCUUCAAAAGAAGUAUUUAAAUUAAUUAAUAUUAAAAUAUAAGAUAUGAAUAAUAGCCAAAAUAAAUGUGUAGCAUAACUAUAGCUGUAAAAAAUGUAUAAAAUCUUUAAAAGAAAAUUUUAAUGGAUAUUUUUUUUUCUUGUUUUGGUAAAUAAGAAAUAAAUACAUUUUUUAUAUCACUACUAAAGAACUACAUGUUACGGGUAUACGUUAUUUUAUACAAUGAAAAGUACAUACCAAAUCCCUUUAGAUGCGUGACAGUUUCCUGAAUGGAGAGCCCCUAAAUGCUACAAAAUUUCUUAAGACUGACUUUCAUUUAAAAUAUAAUUUACUUUAAUUUACAGCUAUGGAGAGAAUUUGGUUUUAUAAACCUGUACCCUUAACUAUGAUGCUAUGCUUACCUAAGAAUUAUGUUUGUCAUACUGAUGAUUUUAUUAUCAUUCAAAUUUUUUGUUAAUUUCAAGCACAAAUAAACACUGAAUUCAACUUUUUUUUUUCAGUUAUUGUUUAAGUACCAAAAGAAAAAUUCCUUGUUAUCUGAAAAUGAAUAUAUUUAACCUAUAAAGACACAUAGUCAAGCCAAGCCAAUCAAAUUUUGUAUAACACUAACACACAGUUGAAUUUUUUUUCCAACUUAACAAAACUCUAGUGGGUUGGCCUUAUCUAUAAGGUAGAAGAUUAUCAAUAAAGUAUAAAAUUCAGUUACAUAAAAAACAUGCACUGUACAACAUUAUCUAAAAUUUUGUAAUAUGUUAACAAUUUUAAAUGCUAACAGUUUUUGACAAUCAAUACAUUAUGCUGGUCUGAUCAAUUUUUUCAAUUAAUAAAUGUGAGUGAAUGAAAAUCCAUUAUUUCAAGGAGGUAAAUGGCCCACUGCUGUAUUACUCUAUAUUAUGACCUUGUUAUUCAUAUUUUUAAAAUUUUAAACUUUCUCUUAUUUGAAAUAAAAUAUGAAAUGGACCUUACUGCAUCGAUAUCUUACUUGUGAUGUUAUUGGUAACAUCACAACAUCUACAUUAAUCGAAUUAUAUGAAUUUUCAUUGUAUAUAUGGAUGUGUAAAUACUUCGUGAUUUAUAA